AUGACAACAGCUGAUGAGGGCUGGAUUCGGGACUCUUUGGCUGUUUGCAGGAGAACCUCAGAACCAGCUGCAAAACUGAGACUUCUGACAGCUGCUAUAUUGGCUGCUCUCGGUUUAGUGGCAAUUUUCCUGGUGCAUUCUCUGGAGAUAGUUCGCAGCCCUAUUGAGAGAUCCCAGUCAGAGCAUCAUAUCAUUUAUAAACUGCUGAAGGGAGCCCAAAGUCUGACCUCGCAGCUGGGCUCGCAAGAGCUGAAACAGAUUAGGACCAUCACCACCGUCGAGACCUGGGACCGCGGACAGAUCAUUUUCGGGCAUAAUGGAUUUUACCUCCUUCUGAAGGGCUCAGUGAAACCGUUCAACCAUGAAACCCUUAAAGAGGAUCAGACAAUCUCUACGAUUGCUGCUGGAGGUUCAUUUGGAUCCUAUGAAUCUGUAAAUGCUGUAGAUGGAGGUGCCAUCAUCCAGGGUGUCGUGACACUCGAAACCUGCGAGAUUCUCAAAAUAUCUCGCUCUGGCUACGAGAAGCUAAAAAAGGACAUCCUGGCAGAGGACCAUGAAGUUAAAGUGUCUUUGAUCCAGGGCUGCCAGCUGUACCUUCACUGGCCAAAGCUUUCCAUCAACCACCUGGUCGACAGCAUGCAGCUAAGAACAUUCCCUGCUAAUCAAGCGCUGGUGAAGGAGGGAAAGAUCUGUCCGUUUGUGGCCUUCAUUGGACGUGGAGAAUGUAACAUCCUUCAGGACGUGGUAUCGUUGACAAAACCCGUUGACAAAAAGGGCUGCAGGAUCAGAUUUGUGAUUGUUGGUAAGCUGGGUCCAAAGCAGUCGUUUUGUGAGGUCAGCAUCCUAUUGAACCAGCCGUCCCCUUGUACUGUUAUCACUGCCACUGAAGUUCAUGGUGGAAUCAUUCAACCAGAAUGUCUUAAAGGACUGGACUCAGUGACCACUUCUCUUAUUCUGCAGACUGCGCAACCAAUGUGUGGAAAACUCAGUAAGGAGGAAGUCAUGAAGGAGUUCCUGACACAGGAGAGGAUGAAGAAAUGGGAACAUGAGAAGGUUGUUCUCUUAUUCUUCUUUCUUUCUGACCCUUUAACCUGCAAUACGAUAGGAAGAUACUUUCUGAUGCGCCCAGGAAGAGGAAAAUUGACUUUUAACAGAGGACCAAGAGGAGUAACUGGGAAAUCCAAGUCGUCCAUAUGA